GCCAAGCUCUUGCAUUUCUUGUAUAAAUCCAUCUUCACUACAAAGUUUUCACAAAUUUAUAUUCUGAUUAAAACAUCUUCAAAAUGGCAGCCUCUAAAUCUGCAGUUAUUAUUGCUUUGCUUCUCGCAAUUUCAAUAACAGUGUCCGAAUCCAGAGUUCAAAGAAAAGACCUCAGUCUUGACCUUGGUGGCAUAGGACUUGGUGUUGGGGCAGGUUUAGGCAUUGGUUUAGGCGGCGGCGGCAGUGGUUCAGGAGCUGGAGCCGGUUCAGGUUCUUCUGGCUCGAGUUCGAGCUCAAGCUCAGCUUCAUCCUCCUCUAGCUCGGGUUCAGGAUCAGGUGCAGGUUCUGAAGCUGGCUCAUCUGCAGGGUCACGGGCCGGAUCAGGAUCUGGUGGAAGUCAAGGACGUGGGUCUGGUCAAGGACGGGGUGGUGGUUCUGGAGGCGGUGGCGGUGGGGGAAGUGGAGGUGGCGGUGGGGGUGGCGGGGGAAGGGGAUCAGGAGGAGGAAAUGGAUCAGGGCAAGGUGAAGGGUACGGUGAAGGAUAUGGACAUGGUGAAGGCUAUGGGAGAGGUGAUGGCAACUGAGUGUAUUAGCAUGAAAUUAGAAAUAAAAGUGAUAUUAGUGAAAGAAUAGUGAUCAGAAUUAAUUAAUCACCACUCGCUGUAUUAUAAAAAUAAUAAUAGAAGUUUGUAAUUUUGUCUAGUUAAUGUACUUUAAUUUUGUUGUAUCAACAUUAAGAUUUAUGCUUGUGAUGAUCUAAUAAAUUAUUACAAUUGCUUUUGUAGUCUCAA